AUGGAGAUAGACCCGGCACGACUGCGAGACGCAGUUGGCGUGGAGCUGGCGGACGGAGUCCUAGAGCUCGCAGAUGGAGUGCUGGCGCCAGAGGGCCUGGAGGAGCCCGCGCGGGCUACUGCAGCGCCGGUCGAGUUUGCACGAGGGCGCGCAGCGUCCGAGUCGGCUGGUGCGGCAGCUGGAGCCGUGGGCGCAGCCGGAGGGACCGUGCGGGAGGGGCCAGACGCAGAGGCAGGCGCACCCGAGGGAGCAGAAGGGCCAGCAGCCGACGCUGCCGGAGCCGCGGCAGCAGGUGCGGCAGAGGAGGAAGAUGAUGCGACCUGA